AUGGCCAGGCGCACAAAGAUAAAAAAUCCACGCGAAGCUCGCUCCCAACGACUCAGACGCUCGCAGAAUGCCGCCCUGAACGCAAGCGCAUGGUCUCGACUACGCAGGAGAGAAAUAAUUGCUUCAGAAGAACCAGACAAGAUUGAAAACUCAGAAACAAUGCAGAUUCCUUACGAUCCAAACGACAAGUCUCAGCGGCAGCAUGAAGAUUCCGAGUCCGAAGAUGAGGAAGAAGACACUACUUCGAGAUGGUUAACUUUCGCCGAAGAAGAAGAACAAGAAGAAGGCAUUGGCCCCUCCAUCCAUUCCAUUCAAGAGGAAUAUCGUCGACGAGCUAGAGAAUUCAACUGGUCAUGCUUGAUGAAACAACUUCACACCUGGUACCUUACGCUCAAGUUGCACACGAAGAACUGGUCGGGCACGAACGCAUAUGAAGAAUACAAGUCAGACGCAUGUAAAUGCACAGCUCAGCAGAAGACGACUCGCCCCAUUGACAUGGUGGACAUAUACGUUACUGCUGAGCAAAAUCAAUGCAGAGAGCGCCUGACGGAUCCGGACCUUGAUCUUUUAUCGGAUGCGGAGGUCAAGAAGAUUUCUGAUAAGAUCGAAAAGGUGUCCAAGAAACUCAACAAAGAUGCUGCGGAAGCUGAGGCAUUGGCGAUGAGCAACGGCUGCUCCUGCUGUUAUGGAAUUCGAAAAAUGAAUUAUACACCCAAGCUGUCCAACUCCGAGCAGAACGCCAACCCUUAUUGGAUGCGAAAAAACUUGGGACUCGUGUGGGGACUGAGCUCAAAGAAAAAAUCCUCAAAGCAAUGGGGAAUCGCCGCCCAGCAUGAAUACCGCACAUCAAUGCUCCGCAAUUGGGACAACAUGCGGACUAAAAUGGGCUUACCAGAAUAUGCAAGCUCAUCAAACCUGCCUGAAGUAGAUGUUGAGUUGGAGGAGGCAAUACUCGAAGUGGGAGCGGACGAUGGGGAGGAUGCUGAAGAAGAUAUGUUUCUUAAUACCGACGCGGAGGAUGACGGCACUGAUGAUGAUUAG